UGCGCAGUCAGUCAGUCGCGGACAAACGCUCACAUGGCUUCUGUGUAAUGUAUACCCGCCGCUGAGAGAGAGAAGCAGAAUACGAAAGAUAAGAAUUUCAGAUAGGCUACGCUGGGAUAAUAGGAGGCAGUUUCCUACACAUUGGAAAAUAGUCUUCUGAAAGAAAUAAAGUUGUUCUCCACCCGUGCAUGUUAAAUCGGGGAGUACAUUAGAGCCGUGAGGCGGCUAGAACUUCUGAGUCUCAAAGCAACACCAACAAGAAGGCAUGACUGUGCGACGGAGUUCAGUAUUUUCUGCUUUCUACCUUCAUGCCUUUUUGUUAUUCUUGCCGACGAAGGUGUCUGACGCAUCGGGGCACUUCGAGCUGGAAAUCGUAUCGAUGCAGAAUGCGAAAGGCGAGCUGCAGAUCGGCUCGUGCUGCGACGGCGAGAGGAACCCGGCGGAUCGCAAAUGCACGCGGGACGAAUGUGAUACAUAUUUUAAAGUUUGUCUGAAGGAAUAUCAAUCGCGAGUUUCCGCGGCUGGGGCUUGCAGUUUCGGAACUGGAUCUACGCCCGUUCUCGGUGGGAAUAAAUUUUCGACCAAGGGUACGCGGAGUGAAAAGUCAAGGAUUGUUUUACCCUUCAGUUUUGCGUGGCCGAGGUCCUAUACGUUGAUAGUGGAGGCCUUGGACUUCAAUAACGAUACUGCCAGCGAAAGUGGAAAGCUAAUCGAGAAAGCGUACCACUCUGGCAUGAUCAACCCAAAUCGACAAUGGCAGAAACUGACCCACAACGGCCCCAUCGCUCAGUUUGAGUACCAGAUCCGGGUCACCUGCGCUGAACACUACUACGGCUUUGGCUGCAACAAGUUCUGCCGGCCACGUGACGAGUUCUUUGGACAUUACACUUGUGACCAGAAUGGCAACAAGACCUGCCUGGAAGGAUGGACGGGUCCUGACUGCAAUACAGCGAUCUGCAGACAAGGUUGCAGCACCGAACAUGGAUCUUGUAAGGAACCAGGUGGCUGCAAGUGUCUGUACGGCUGGCAGGGUCCAUACUGUGAUAAGUGCAUCCCUCACCCAGGCUGUGUACACGGAACCUGCGUUGAACCCUGGCAGUGCCUCUGUGACACUAACUGGGGUGGACAACUCUGUGACAAAGAUCUAAACUACUGUGGAACUCACCAGCCGUGUCUGAAUGGAGGAACGUGCAGCAAUACAGGGCCUGACAAAUACCAGUGCUCUUGUGAAGAUGGCUACUCUGGGGUCAACUGUGAACGAGCUGAACACGCCUGUCUGUCCAACCCUUGUGCGAAUGGAGGGAUGUGCAAGGAGACCAGUCAGGGUUACGAGUGUCACUGUGCAGUCGGCUGGAGCGGCCCAUCGUGCGAAAUCAAUGUGGAUGAUUGUACACCCAACCCAUGCAAACAUGGAGGCACCUGUCAGGAUUUGGUUAAUGGCUUCAAAUGUACCUGCCCUCCUCACUGGACUGGCAAAAUGUGUCUGAUUGAUGCCAAUGAAUGUGAGGACAAGCCAUGUGUGAAUGCCAAGUCAUGCCACAAUCUGAUUGGUGGAUAUUUCUGCGAGUGUCUCCCUGGCUGGACGGGUCAGAAUUGUGAUAUAAACAUAAAUGACUGUCAGGGUCAAUGUCUGAAUGGAGGAACUUGCAAGGAUUUGGUGAAUGGUUACCGCUGUCUUUGCCCCCCUGGCUAUUCGGGUGAACACUGUGACAAGGACGUGGAUGAGUGUGCUAGCAGUCCCUGCCUAAACGGUGGCCGGUGUCAGGAUGAAGCCAAUGGAUUUCAGUGUCUGUGUCCUGCCGGCUUCUCGGGUCAGCUGUGUCAGCUGGAUAUCGAUUACUGCAAGCCCAACCCAUGUCAGAACGGCGCGCAGUGUUUCAACCUGGCCUCGGACUACUUCUGCAAAUGUCCCGAUGACUACGAGGGUAAAAACUGCUCUCACCUGAAGGACCAUUGUCGAACCACAUCAUGCCAAGUGAUUGACAGCUGCACUGUUGCUGUGGCAUCCAACAGUACGCCGGAAGGGGUGCGAUACAUCUCCUCAAACGUCUGUGGUCCUCACGGACGCUGCAGGAGUCAGGCCGGAGGCCAGUUUACAUGCGAGUGUCAGGAAGGAUUCAGAGGCACCUACUGCCAUGAGAAUAUAAACGACUGUGAGAGUAACCCAUGUCGCAAUGGCGGUACUUGCAUCGAUAAGGUGAACGUUUAUCAGUGCAUUUGUGCUGACGGCUGGGAAGGAGUUCACUGCGAAAUCAACAUCGAUGACUGCAGCUUGAACCCCUGCCUGAACAAGGGAGCAUGUCAAGACCUGGUGAACGAUUUCUACUGCGAAUGUAGAAAUGGCUGGAAGGGAAAAACCUGCCACUCCCGUGAUAGUCAAUGUGACGAAGCCACAUGCAAUAAUGGAGGUACAUGCCAUGAUGAAGGGGACAUCUUCAAAUGCAGGUGCUCACCUAGCUGGGAAGGAGCCACAUGUAACAUAGCCAAGAACAGCAGCUGUCUGCCCAACCCAUGUGAGAACGGAGGCACCUGUGUGGUCAACGGCGACUCCUUCACCUGUGUCUGCAAGGAAGGCUGGGAAGGAUCCACCUGCACCGAGAAUACCAACGACUGCAACCCACACCCAUGCUACAAUAGCGGGACGUGUGUGGAUGGUGAAAACUGGUACCGUUGCGAGUGCGCUCCGGGUUUCGCCGGGCCAGACUGCCGCAUAAAUAUAAACGAGUGUCAGUCUUCUCCCUGCGCAAUUGGCUCUACCUGCGUAGAUGAAAUCAAUGGUUAUCGCUGCCUUUGUCCGCCUGGAAGAACAGGACCAGAGUGUCAAGAAGUCAUUGGGAGACCCUGUAUUGCUAACGGACAAGUAACUGCUGAUGGUGCCAAAUGGGAGGAAGACUGCAACGUUUGCCAGUGUCAAAAUGGAAAGAUUCAUUGCACCAUGAUGUGGUGUGGACCAAAAUCAUGUCGGGCAGGAAAGGCCAGAAGUGGGUGUCCUGCAGGCCAAUCCUGUGUUCCCAUCAAAGAAGAGCACUGCUUUGUCAAACCCUGUCCUAGUCUCGGAGAGUGUUGGCCCCCUGCACCCCCUCCACCCUCCAAAUGCCACGCCAGCUUCUCUUACCAGGACGACAGCUGUGCCAACAUCACGUUCACCUUUAACAAGGAGAACAUGCCUCAAGGCUUGAGUGUGGAGCAUGUUUGUAAUGAGCUGAGGCACUGGUACCUGCUGAAGAACCUGACGGAAGAGUAUGCUGUGUCCAUCACCUGUGAGCCAUCUUCUUCAACCAGCAAUGAGAUUCACAUCAGCAUUUCCACAGAAGAGCCCAGGUCGGACAGGAAUCCUAUUAAAGAUAUUACGGGUCAAAUAUUCGACUUGGUGAGCAAGCACAAUGGUAACAGCACCAUCAUCAAAGCCAUCACCGGCGUACGAGCUCACCAGACACCAAGUCCCAAAACUGACUACCUGGUUCCUCUGCUCAGCUCCAUCUUCAUCGUGCUCUGGAUCCUCGCCCUGGCCUCAGCCUUCCUGUGGUGCAUUCACCGCAGGCGGAAACAGAACACCCACAGCAAUGCAACUACCUCAGCUACAGAGGACAAUACCACCAAUAACGUGCGUGAGCAGCUCAACCAAAUCAAGAACCCCAUCGAGAAACACGCGGCCCACGGCGUGACCAUAAAAGACUACGAGGGGAAGAACUCCAUCAUUGCCAAAAUUAGGACGCAUAACUCCGAGGUGGAGGAAGAGGAGAUGGACAAACACCUGCAGAAAGCGCGCUUCACCAAGCAGCCGGCCUACACGCUGGUGGAGCGGGAGGAGCGCGCGCCCAACAAAAACCCAAACUGGACUAACAAACAGGACAACAGAGACUUGGAGACGGCACAGAGUUUAAACAGGAUGGAGUAUAUCGUAUAGCAGGCAGCUGUGUUGCCGUGCGACCGAACCCCUGUUGCACUUACCGGUCAUUUGGCAGGGUCUCGGGGGGGGUUGUGCUUCUUAAAACUGUUGCGUCGUGUUCUGGACUCCAAGGCUGUUAUUUGCCUAGAAUCCUGUGUUAAUUUAAGUUUUGACAAGCUGGCUUCACACUGGCAAUUGUAAUAGUUGCUGUGGACGGCUGGAAAACCCAAAUGCUGCAUUUCGCAUCCAGUGUUUUCCUUCGUAAAAGAAAAAAA